CUUUCGGAUUUGAACUUUCUUCCCCUCCUGCUCCGGAGAACCCAAAACCCUUUUCUGCAACUCUGCCUUAAGAUGAUGCGGAAACUUUUGGGAAGCAGCAAACUCUAAACGGCUUCCCCCUUACGAGGAUUAUGCCUCUGUUUCAUUUUUAAAAUCCAACUUAUUUUUUUCUCCACCUUCACUGCUCUAGCCUGCAGAAGCUCUGUGAAUUCUAUGAUCAUUUCUGGAUAUUUUGGACAAUUUCAUGUCCGCCCCCCACUUUGGUUACUGCCUCACUCUUGCUGGAUUUUACGUGGACAAGAUUGGUCCUGGGGAGAUAAAAAUCACUUGGAAUUGACGAAAAGUUUGGAUCUUUCCGCAAAUUGAUACGGAAUUUCUAGGUUUCCGCUUGAGCAGUCCACGAUGCUGAGGCUCUUGCUGGGCGCCAUCUUUCCGUGCCUGAGCCUAGCUGCGCCAGCCCCCAUUAACAAGCUCGCCCUGUUUCCAGACAAGAACGCCUGGUGUGAGGCCAAAAACAUCACCCAGAUUGUUGGCCACAACGGAUGCAAGUCCAAAGCCAUCCAGAACAGGGCGUGCCUGGGCCAGUGCUUCAGCUACAGUGUCCCGAAAACUUUCCCACAGUCGACGGAGUCCCUGCUGCACUGCGACUCCUGCAUGCCUUCCAGAAUCCAGUGGGACAUUGUAGCACUGGACUGUCCCGGCAAUGAAGAACAUCCUCGGGUGCAGAAACUGGUGGAAAAAAUCCUGCAGUGCAGCUGCCAGGCCUGCGGGAAGGACCAGACGCAGGACAGCCUGUUCUUGAACGUCUACCUGAAGGCCGAAGACCACCUGCCCCCCGAGGGCCCCAACUCUCCCUCCUUCGGCCUCCACCCCGAAGAAGACGCGGCCAAGCACCCUCCCCGCCGGUUCGAAGACGAGACAAAGGACUGAGUCUUCGGCCGAAGCCACCGGCUCUUCUGUUCCUCUCCUCUCCUCUCUCUCCCUCUUUCCUCUCUCAAAUACCCAUCCCGCUUUGCUCUUCUCGGCGAUGUGGUGGAAGGCAAAAGGCGGGCACCCUUUCUGCAGAAAGGCCCGGGACCUGGGAGCCACAGCGCCACCGCCGGGCAACGGAGG